AUUGAAUUUUCUCUUUUUUUUUUAAAUUUUUUUAAAGCUUUAUAAUGCUUUAAAAAGAUUAAAAACAGAAAAUUCAGGUUGAAAUGACAGAGCCAUCUACAUCAGGAGCCCAAGACCAUGACGAUUAUCUAGUCACUCUCAGCUCCCCUCAACGCCAGUGCACCAUCCGAGUUGUUCAGCCAGCUUCUGCAUUAAAACGAAAACUCCCAACUUCAUCAGUUCCCGAAUUCAAUCCAGACUCCUACGGGGAAUCGAUUCCCGAAAAUGCUCCAAGGCCUGUCUGCGAAACCUGCUCCGUGGCCUGGUCAACAUGGGCGGCAUACGAGUUCCACAUGCUCCAGACUCAUAUAAUAUACCGCCCGUUUCGAUGCUCUGGAUGCCGGAACUUGAAUUUUCACACCGAAGAUGAAGGAAAGCACCACCUGGAACAUUUUCAUGGUGGCAAACCUGGCAGUUUUCAGCUCAUCAAACAGACGGAUUUUGCAAAGGAAAAUCAGUUGAUCGAAUGUCUGGAAAAUGCAAAAACCACCGAGCAACUCGGAAUUUCGAAAGAACGACUUGAAAAUGGGCUGAAAAUGAUUGAAAAACUUCAAAAAAUCAAGUUUAAAGCUGUGAAAGUGCAUCUUCCAUGCUGUCUUCGCCAUGAAAUGAUCUCAAAACACACAGAAACUGAAAAAGAAGCGCCGCCACAAGAAAAAUCGGUUACAAAUGCUCAAAAGCCCGGCAAUCCAGCACUUCUGUCUCUGGAAUCCCGAAACUACGACUACGAGCAACAAGAUACUGUUGGAAUUUGAUAAAAAUGAAAUAUUCAUUCGAUUUUCCGUCAAUAAAACUUCAUCACAAGAUUUUUAUUCGUUUUUUGAAAUAAAAAUAAAAUACAGAU